GCCAGGAGGAAGAGGAGCCCGAGCCCAACAAACAGUAAGCCGAACCGCCCAGAGCAUCCUCUAUAAACGCAUGUCCUCACAAUUGUUGGAUUAAAAUUGUAGAAAGCUGCGCGACGACGAAGAGCUAGGGUUUUAACAUACCUACGCAAUCUGACAAUGAUCUACGACGUCAACUCUCCUCUUUUCCGCUCCUUCCUCAGCCAGAAGGGUGGCUAUUCUGAUAAGAGGAAAAUGGAAGAGCAGAGGCCAAAGGAACAGAAACCCAAAGCCAAUGAGAACAAGCCUAUUAUGACAGAAUGAGCGGAGCUAUAAAGCUUUAGGGAUGGGUUAGGAUGCUAGAUUGUUCAAAACGCAAUAGGGAGAAUGUUGUUAAUUUCAAAUUCAAAGUGAAGUCACUGCAUUUUCUUGGCCUUCGAGUCUGUAACGGUGUUUGUUUGAUUACUUGAUGGACCAAAGUCAUUUCAUUCUGUUAUGUGAAUGAUUUUCGAAAAGAUUAACAAAAUUAACUGAGUGAUUAUGCAUCUUA